GUGAAACAGCGACGCAUCAGAUCGCAUUCCUGUUGCUCAGCUGUUGCGCCUCUUUGUUGCAGAAGAGGACCACUAAAGAGGGACCACAGCCGCAUCCCAUGAGUCUUUGGGAAUCAUGGAGGAGCUUGAGCACACCUGCCCCCAUCCUCGGACGACUCUGACAAAGCCUGCCAUCUUUGCCAGGGAGACUAGUUGUGAUUGUCGCGCCCCUCAUGAGAAACUCACCAUCGCUCAGGCCCGCAGAGGCACCCCAGUGGACCGGCCAGUCAGAGUCUACGCAGAUGGCAUCUUUGACCUGUUCCACUCUGGGCACGCUCGUGCUCUCAUGCAGGCCAAGAACCUCUUUCCCAACACCUACCUCAUAGUAGGAGUGUGCAGUGAUGAGCUGACCCAUAAGUACAAGGGUUUCACAGUCAUGACGGAGAUUGAACGUUAUGAAGCGUUGAGACACUGCCGCUAUGUCGAUGAGGUUUUGAGAGACGCACCCUGGACUCUCACACCGGAGUUCCUAGAGAAACACAAGAUCGAUUUUGUGGCUCACGAUGACAUCCCAUACUCCUCAGCAGGAAGUGAGGAUGUUUAUAAACACAUUAAGGAGGCAGGGAUGUUUGUGCCUACGCAACGGACUGAGGGAAUCUCAACAUCUGACUUGAUCACAAGAAUUGUCAGAGACUAUGACGUCUACGCCCGACGCAACCUCCAACGUGGCUACACGGCCAAGGAGCUUAACGUCAGCUACAUUAACGAGAAGAAGUACCGGCUGCAGAACCAAGUGGACCGCAUGAAGGAGAAGGUUCGCACGGUCGAGGAGAAGAGCAAACAUUUUGUUUACCGUGUGGAGGAGAAGAGUCACGACCUGAUUCAGAAGUGGGAAGAGAAAUCCAGAGAGUUUAUCGGCAACUUCCUAGAACUUUUUGGCCCUGAUGGGACUUGGAAACAGGUGUUUCAGGAGCGCAGUGGACGAAUGCUGUCCUACGCUCUGUCUCCCCGAGAGUCGCCCUGCAACAGUCCUCCCCGCGAACUGUCCCCCCUGCGCUCUCCCUCACCCCCGUCUCCCCCUGCCCGCUGGCACAAUGCACGGCCCUCACCCCCGACCUCCCCCAAAGGAGCAUCUGCCUCUAUAAGCAGCAUGAGUGAAGGUGAUGAAGAUGAGAAGUAGAUGGAUUGUUGAACACACACACACACACACACACACACACACACACACACACACACACAUACACAUACACAUACACACACUUCACUCAUAGUACACUGCCUGAGAACUGCUCACACACACGCACACACACACACACACACAAACAGAUAUACUCUGACAAACACUGGUUGGAUACUGAAACAGUUAUCCUCAAGGAAGUUGCUAAUAUGCAAGGCAGAUGGGGAUCGUGGGAAAUGAAGUUCUGUGCCGCAGAGCUAAGAAGCCAUCGCUGUCUCUGUUGUCCAGGCAACCAAGCAGACAGGUGAAAGAGAAACGAAGAAGAGGAUUUAUGUACACAGUGUUGCAUAUCCUAAGAAGGUCCAGAAUGCUUUGUGGCAUCUUUCGAGAGGAUUUGCUUUGGAUUGUCCAGUACUUAUAGAGACUGUCCAACAGCCUGCUCAUAAUAUCACCUGAUUGUUUAAUGUCCUAUUCUGUUUAGUUUAGCUUUUUAUUUAAGAUACCAAGAUUUUGUGUAACUACUGUAACCGCUAGAUGUGAAUAGGCACAAAGUGUUCAGUUUAACAGUUAAUGUGUAACGACAGGAACUGGAUUCAUUCUCCACGGAGUCAUUUUGCUCUUGUUAAACUGAGAGUUAGGAUUUACACUGCACACUCUAGAUUAGCAGAGGUGACGUUUGGGCAGCCUCUUGGCACUAAAACACAUUAUUGGUGCUAGUUUGCACCAUUUUAACAUAAAUGGUUGGCAAGGAAUAUAUCAGUGAUCCACAAUUAUUGAUUCACUUGUUCCCACGCUACUGAUAUGAUCACUAAUACAGAUUAAACUAGUCCCUCAGAAAAUCAUAAGAAAUUAAAAUAAGCCGGUGGAAUAGCAGCCUGUAUGAUCCUGAAAUGUAUCCAAAACUUAGAUCAUUGGUGGGGGAAAAAAGCUCUAGUGAAAGACGACAUCGUCUUCACCUCAGUUGUACAGCUUGUAAUCCUUAUUUUAAAGUUCAUGUGAAGAAAAAUAAGUUUUGAAAUGGAAAUGAGUUCUGUCAUGAAGUUAGACACUAAAACGAGCCCCUUUAGAUCUGAGUCUUGGACUUCACCUAUUGAUGGUGAUGGGUGAUGAGAUAGAAAAAAAAAAUGUAUUAGCUUCUUGAAUGUAAACUGAGUCAUUGAGGCCACACCUACAGUAGAGAAUACAUGUAAUCACUCUAACUUCUGGUCACUUCAUCAUCACAGUCAUUCAGUAGGCCACACAAAUAUCACGUCUCGCAGUAAUCCAUCAGUAGAAACAUUUGUGGAUUUUCAGCAUUAAAAAGCCAUGUGUUUUUUUUUGGACAGUUUGCCAUGUUUUAUGUUUAGCCGACAUUCCUGCUUUUUGGAAUUUGAUGUCAGCUGUUUAAUCAGAUCCGGCAAACUUGGAGAUGCAGCCUUUCUUAAUAGGACUCUGAUGAUACUUGAAAUAUACAAUUGUUAAAGCCCUCUAGGUGAACUGUCAGUUCCUAAAACGCCAGAUCAUCACCCUAUUUUGUUUUAUUUGCUAUUAUUGGAAAUGUAUGUGUUAACUAUAUUUUUUAUUUUUGCUCAGGUCUGCUCAUUCAUGUCAGGCAGGAGCAGACCUCUCUUCCACCCAAACAAUACAAUAAAUACCCCAAUGCAAUGUAGAGACCUAAUGUCCUGUACGCACUACAUGUUAAUCUGCACUAUAUGGACAAACUUUGGGCAUUGUGUGUCUUUUUUUAUUUUUUAAAUUUCA